CAGACUUUCUUUAAAUUUUCUCUUUUCUCACCUUAAAGAAAGUUACCACAUACAUUAAAUUCUCAUGUCUUCUUCUAUAGUACAGGCAUUUAAUAACUACCCAAAUUUUCCCAUUCUGGUCCCUCCCUCUGCUCCCAUCUCCAAGUUUAUGCCUUUUCUGCAAGGAUUUUCUUGCCCUCCUUGAUUUUCUAGUGCAUAUAUUAUUUAUUUCAGUGAGCUAUUACUUCAUUUUGUAAUCUUGAAACGAGACAACAUUCCUUUUAUCAAUCUUCAUUCUACAUGUUCAUGUACACUGUGUUCAAGAUCUCAAGAAGCUGAUAUAUUAUCUGUUUGUGUAAUCGACUCAAUGGAUCUGGUGAGCCAAAAGUUUUAUGCCCAUGAAUCAGACGCUGUCUAUCCUAUCAGAAGCCCACCAAUAUCAAUUUUUGGCUCAUCUUUGCAUCAUUCACACACUGGUUUUCCUAUUAUAGCAGUUGCCAUUAUUGGCAUUUUGGCCACAGCUUUCUUGCUGGUGAGCUACUACGUCUUUGUGAUCAAAUGCUGCUUGAAUUGGCACCGUAUUGAUCUCCUUUCACGGUUUUCCUCCUCCAGGAGAAGGCGUGUUGAAGACCCUUUAAUGGUUUAUUCGCCCGCAGCCGAAAGCCACGGUCUAGACGAGGCUGCAAUCAGAUCAAUCCCAACAUUUCAGUACAAGAAAGGCACUGAUAAACAAGAACUUGCAGAGAAAGGCUCUACCGAUUGCGCGGUCUGCUUGAAUGAAUUUCAAGAAGACGAAAAGUUAAGAGGAAUUCCAAACUGUGGCCAUGUUUUUCAUAUAGAUUGUAUAGACGUUUGGCUUCAAAACAAUGCUAAUUGCCCUUUAUGCAGAACUAGCAUUUCAGCCACCAGGUUCCCAAUAGAUCAAAUUCUUAGCUCAAGCACUUCCCCUCAAGAUCCAAAUCCCCAUACCAAUAACUUCACCGGGAGAGAUGAUUAUGUAGUGAUUGAAAUCGCAGAACACGAUACCAACAUCAAUCCAUCAUUGCUUAAAGUUGAAGAAAGAUUAAACUCGAGCGAAUUAUCAUCAUGGAUCAGCCCUUCACCAAGCAAGUUAUUCGAACAAAAAGCAUCACGAAGAAAGGCGAAAAGAUUAAGCCAUAUCUCUAGCAUGGGAGAUGAGUGCAUUGACAAUAGGCAGAAAGAUGAACAAUUUGUAGUUCGAGCCAUGAAGAGGAGAUCUUUCUCUAUGGAUUCAGCAGCUGAUAGGCAGCUAUAUUUAGCUGUUCAAGAAAUAGUUCAACAAAACAAGCAAGUGUUUGAUGUAUGCCCCAAUGAAGGUAGCAGCAACAAAGUCAGAUCAUUCUUUUCUUUUGGGCAAGGAAGGGGUUCUAGAAGUGCAAUUCAACCAGUUCCUUUGGAUCCAUAAGGCCAGAUCUUUACUCUUCUUUUUCAGAAUUGUUAUUAUGUUUUGGUAUAGUAAUGUAAAUUUAGAUUCAUAUAGAGAUUAUAGGCUUGUUAGAUUUAUUUAGGGGCUAUAUAAUUAUUGUAUUAUGGAAUAGAAAUAUCAGUUUGCUGUUUAAGUUUUGUUUUUGGCUUAUUCAUUUUUUCACAUGACAUUAGAGG